AUGGCUCGGCUGCUCAUGUUCUUCUGUUCUGUGUUCAUCGACGCUACUUUCUUGCGAAGCUCGAAGGCUUUUGGGGACUUUUCGUGUGUUGCCUCCAUCUCAGACAAGGUCUUCCUGUGGCUAAGUGUCUUCUGGACUUUCUCAAUUCAGUGCACUGAUGAAGAAAAUUCAUGUCAAUGA